CCGCCCCCCCCUCCCUCCCCGCGCGGCGUCGCGGUGGGCGCGCCCGGAGCCGCCCGCCCGGCCGGGGCGGGCACUGUGGCGGGCUCGCAGCGAUGGCGGCGGCCGAGGUGGCGCGGCAGGGUGAAGGCUGUCGUACUGUCCCACUUUCUGGACACGUAGGAUUUGACAGUUUGCCUGACCAGCUGGUUAAUAAGUCAGUUAAUCAUGGGUUUUGUUUCAACAUCCUGUGUGUGGGAGAAACUGGCCUUGGUAAGUCCACCCUCAUGGACACACUUUUCAACACCAAGUUUGAAGGUGACCCAGCAUCUCACUCACAGCCUGGGGUCCAGCUGAAAUCCAAUACCUAUGACCUGCAGGAAAGCAACGUCAACCUCAAACUGACUAUUGUGAGCACCGUCGGUUUUGGAGAUCAGAUCAACAAAGAGGACAGCUAUAAGCCCAUCGUUGAGUUCAUUGAUGCUCAGUUUGAAGCUUACUUGCAAGAAGAACUGAAGAUAAAAAGGGUCUUGCACAACUACCAUGACACCCGGAUCCAUGCUUGCUUGUACUUCAUUGCUCCAACAGGCCACUCUCUAAAAUCUCUGGACUUGGUAACAAUGAAGAAGCUUGACAGCAAGGUGAACAUCAUUCCCAUCAUUGCCAAAUCUGAUGCCAUUUCCAAGAGUGAGCUGACCAAGUUUAAAAUUAAAAUCACAAGCGAACUGGUCAGUAACGGGGUUCAGAUCUACCAGUUCCCAACAGACGAUGAAUCGGUGGCAGAGAUAAAUGGGACAAUGAAUGCCCACUUGCCAUUUGCAGUGAUCGGGAGCACGGAGGAGCUGAAAAUAGGAAACAAAAUGAUGAAAGCUCGUCAGUACCCCUGGGGCACAGUGCAGGUGGAGAAUGAAGCUCACUGUGACUUUGUGAAGCUGCGGGAGAUGUUGAUCCGUGUGAACAUGGAAGACCUUCGCGAACAGACCCACACGCGCCACUAUGAGCUGUACCGGCGAUGUAAACUGGAAGAGAUGGGUUUCAAGGACACUGAUCCAGACAGCAAACCCUUCAGCUUACAAGAAACUUAUGAAGCAAAAAGAAAUGAGUUUCUAGGGGAAUUGCAGAAAAAAGAAGAGGCCAUGAGGCAAAUGUUUGUCCAGAGGGUCAAGGAAAAAGAAGCGGAGCUGAAGGAGGCUGAAAAAGAGCUGCAUGAAAAGUUUGAUCGCUUAAAGAAGUUACAUCAGGAUGAAAAAAAGAAGCUAGAGGAUAAGAAGAAGUCUCUGGAUGAUGAAGUAAAUGCAUUUAAACAAAGGAAGACAGCAGCUGAACUGCUCCAGUCUCAGGCUCAGCAGGCUGGAGGAUCGCAAACUCUUAAAAGAGAUAAGGAAAGAAAAAAUAACCCAUGGCUCUGUACUGAGUAAUUACCCCUGAAUACAGUGGGCUGGAAUGGACCUUCAUUUACUUGUUAAAUCGGAGGGUCUAAAAAAACGUGACAGCAUUUCAGCUGUGACCUUUCCAUGGUUUUACCCUUGCUCUCUCCUAUAUCCUAAUUGUGAUUCUGUCUUUACUAUGUACUGGUGGUUAUUGCUUUUAUUAAACAAUGUAAAAUUAGUCCUGACAAGGUUUUGGAUGCUGCAACUUUAAAUCCUACAAUCUUUCUUUUUUUUUUUUUUUCUUUUUUUUUUUCUUUUUUUUUUCUUUUUUUUUUUCUUUUUUUUUUUCUUUUUUUUUCCCCACACAAUUAAUGGAUUCCCCUUUCUCCUGGUCCCUCUCCACCCAGAUAAAUAAGGGAUGUGGAAAUAAGUUCUGUGAGUUAUUUUUGCUGGCAAAAUAACAAUGCAGUUUAAAUGUAUUUAUUGGUGACGUUAAAAUGACACCACCACCUUAGUUUAAUUAUCACACAGUUGAGAGUUAAAAAAGCUCUUUUCUCUUUAUACUUGGUGUCAUUUUCAUGACAUCAUCUAUCUUUUUUUGUUUGCUUUUAUUUUUUCUUUUGCUAAUUCAUGCUACCUGAAAACUAGCAUGCAAUGCUCAUUUCCAUUUUGGCCUUGCUUGUUGUGACGCUGGUCCUUCAGUCGCCCUGUGUGCACACUGAGGUCUCUGUAUGUGGGUGAAUCCACACGUCCUGACCCUGCUGAAAGAUCAGGAUGCAUGCUGACAAAUAGUUUCAACAAAAACCCUUCAAAUUGUGGAUUUUUGGAAGAUAAGCACACCUCGGACCCUAGCUGUGAUAGCUAAUGCUGUUUUUUUAGUGCAAGCUGCUGCUGAGAAUUUUACCCGAAAGGUAGUCUGGAUGAUGCUAAAGCCUCACAAAGAGUUUCUGCAUAAAACGUUAGUCUGGCCAGCUGCUCACGGCAGCAGCAAACCUUAUGCAGUAACCCAGAUCAGAUGACUGUCUGGCCUGUUUCCAGCAGUCAAGGCAGUUAAAACUCUUGAUUGCAAUGUAUUUUCUCAGGUAUAUUUGUUUCUUCAUAAAUACAAUUUUAUUUCCCAUAAAAGUCUUUGAUUUCUGGUUGGUUUUCUUUUUCUUUUUAAAGCAAGUUAAAAUAUUUUGAGUAUUUACUUCCUCCUCUACUGUCGAAUGUCGGCCUGCUCCCAAAACCAGUCAACAUCAGUCUGUCAAUGAUUUCUAGAUUAUCAGCUAAAAGAGCCAUUUAAUGUGGCUUUUUUUUUUUUUUUACCAUACAGCAGGUCACUGGCUGUUCUUCCUGACCAUUUGCCUUAUUAGAAUGUUAUUUAAAGUUAUGCAAACUUUUUAUUUAAAGACUUUAAAGAAAAAACAUUGUUACUUGUGUCAUUUCCUUGAAGUACUUGAGGUACCACAAGGUUCCAUCUCUUCUCUGUUGGCUGUUUUCAUGUUGCAUCUCUUUUUCCUGCUUUUUGAAUGUCUUUCUCUUUUUUGCUAAUCUUCUGGUUUUUAUCUCUUUUUUCCCUUUUCUCUCUCUGUAGCUUUUUUUAAUCUGUCUUCGCCAGCUGCACUGGGUCUGAGGAGAAGACUGCCACUUCUAGAAGAGUUUAAGGGUCUUAUGUCUGGGGAGGGGGGGAACAAAUCUUCAGUGUUAGUGUCUGGGAAAGAAGCUCUUUUACUGACUUGCAUGGUAUCUAAAAUUGAAGUGUCUUGUAAUUUGUGUGACAAGACAGGGUAAUGCGGGCAAACUGUUUACUUGGAAUUUUGAAGAGCAACAGAAAUGUGGUGUUUGGACUAAUGAUGUAGCGAAUACAUUUUCAAACAUUGUUAUGGGCAUAUUUUUUUUCUAAUUUUGUCUUUAUUAAUAUAAAUGUCACGGGCUUCCAUGGGGUGUGAAGCCUAAGGAAUAUUUUCAAUAAGCUGUUGUCUGGGUUUGGAAACUGUGCAGAGUAAAAGGAAACAUAAACAUGGUGCAAUUUGCUCUGUUGGCAGCCACAAAAUAUUUAACAAAGAAAUAAAGUAAGAAGAACUGUGUGUUUUCA